ACCAUCCAGUAAGCCAGUUGAGUAACCAGUGGUAUUGCUAAUGAUGUUUUGUUUCUUUCUAGAUUUACAGCGAGUGAACCCAGAAAAAAAUAGCAGCUAGAGAGAGAUGGCAGCUGUGGUUCCAAACUCUGUCAGUUCAUCAAAAAUUGGCAACGAUAAUAGCGUAAAUCUUGACCCUCCAAAAGAGCUCGACGCUGGAGCUUUGUUUGUCCUCAAAUCCAGAGGAUCAUGGCUGCACUGUGGGUACCAUUUGACGACAUCUAUUGCGGCGCCGGCGCUUCUGAGCCUUCCUUAUGCGAUGGCCUUUCAAGGGUGGGUUGGGGGAGUUGUUUCCCUUGUCCUUGCAAGUGCGGUGACUUUUUAUUCAUAUAAUCUUCUAUCUCUGGUUUUGGAUCACCAUGCACAACUUGGUCGCCGGCAACUUCGGUUUCGGGAUAUGGGCAGAGAUAUUUUAGGACCUGGAUGGGGCAAAUAUGUUAUUGGCCCACUUCAAUUUGGGAUAUGCUAUGGGGCAGUUAUUGCUGCUGCUGUUCUCGGAGGGCAGAACCUUAAGUUCAUUUACCUGCUGUCAAACCCAAACGGGACAAUGAAGCUUUACCAGUUUAUUGGCAUAUUUGGAAUCCUACUGCUGUUCUUGGCCCAAAUUCCAUCCUUCCACUCCCUCAGGCAUAUCAAUCUUGCCUCCCUUAUCCUGUGUCUUGCCUACAGCGCUUGCGUCACAGCCGGUUCAAUACACAUCGGGUAUUCCAAGGACGCUCCUAAUAGGGACUAUUCCUUGAAGGGCUCCCAAGUGAAUCGUGCUUUUGGUGCUGUUAAUGCUGUUUCAAUCAUUGCUACAACAUAUGCCUGUGGAAUUAUUCCUGAAAUACAGGCAACUAUGGCUUCUCCGGUGGAGGGCAAGAUGUUCAAAGGUUUAUUGGUCUGUUACGCUGUUAUAUUGACAACUUUUUUCAGCGUUGCAAUCUCUGGGUAUUGGGUAUUUGGUAAUCAGGCAAUGGGGACAAUUCUUGCCAAUUUUAUGGGUAAUGGAAAGCCUUUGCUGCCAACUUGGUUUCUCUUGAUGACCAAUAUCUUCACUCUUCUGCAAAUAUCGGCUGUCGCAGUGGUUUACUUGCAACCAACAAACGAAGUGUUUGAGAAGUUAUUUGCAGACCCCAAAAUGGAUCAGUUUUCCAUUCGUAACAUUGUGCCAAGAUUGAUUUCAAGGUCAGUGUCAGUGUUUGUAGGUACACUUUUUGCAGCAAUGCUGCCUUUUUUUGGAGAUAUUAUGGCACUUUUUGGGGCAUUUGGAUGCAUUCCUCUAGAUUUUAUUUUCCCAAUGGUUGUCUACAAUGUGACUUUCAAGCCUUCCAAGCGUGGCAUAGUUUUCUGGGGAAACACAUUGAUAGCAGUAGCAUCCUCAGCAUUGUCCGCCGUAGGUGCAAUAGCAUCGAUUCGACAAAUAGUUCUUGAUGCCAAAACAUAUCGUUUGUUUGCUGACAUCUAAAAAUUGUAUUUGUAACGGAUCUAAUAAAAGUACAGGGAAGAACGUGUAUUAUACUUCAAUUAAGCAGUAAAAAUGUGUGGAAAAAUGCAAGAGAAAGGCUUGAAGCAUACCAUAAUAGAUAUUAUCUCUUCUUGCA